GGAGCAACAGAUAUUGAGCUGGAUUGUUCAGAUCUGUAUGGCCUUGAAGUACAUUCAUGAUAAACAGCUACUUCACAAGGACUUGAAGCCAGAGUCGGUCUUCCUCACAGAAUUUGGAACAGUGUGCCUAGGUGGAUUUGGGAGAGUUGGUGAAAAUUCAACCUCUCCGUCAGCCACCAAUUCAAAUUCUUCAGACAAAGGAGCUGUAAGUUAUUUGGCACCAGAAACUUUGACAGAUGGUGAUUACAACUCAAAAAGUGACAUUUGGUCCGUGGGAUGUAUCCUGUACGAGUUGUGUACUCUGACGUUAGCAUUUUCAGCAGAGACCACAAUCAAGCUCAUCCCCAAGAUACUGUGUGGUUCUUACCCGUCUCUCCCAGAGUGCUACUCACCUGAGCUUCGUGUACUUCUGAGUGACAUUUUCAGUAAAGACCCUAAGUUGAGACCAACAGCCAGCGAGAUUCUGGGAAGACCCUUUAUUAUUCACUUUCUCUCAGCAAAGAGCAAAGAAACUGUGAAGGAACUUCAGACCAACUUGGACAAGCUGAGAACUGUGGCGGACGGUUUGGAGCGAGUGCACCAGGGAACCACCAUUGGCAGUCUGACAGGGGGAGUGAUUGGUGCAGCGGGGGGGAUUACAUCCAUAGUGGGCCUGAUUUUGACUCCCUUCACUUUGGGAGCCUCCCUUGUGGUCACCGGGGUUGGUAUAGGGGUGGCAGCAGCUGGUGGGCUCACCGCUGGUGUCUCAAAUAUCACUAACAUGGUUAACCAAUCCUCUGAUCGUAAAACUAUUCGAAGGAUCAUUCAAGAGUUUCAGGAGAAAAUUGAAGCUGUGGUCAUGUGGGUCCAGGAGAUCAGUGAGGGUUUAGAGUUGCUCCGUAGGAACUGUGACUCAGCUGACUCUGAAGGAAGCAUUGUCAGCCAAGAAAUGUUGGCAAGGCUUGGCCUCAGAGCCGGGAGAGGCCUGGCUGGUGUUGCUGAACUGGUCAGAUUGAUUCAAGUGAUGAACAUUGGCAAGGUGGCUGCACAGACAGCCAGGGCAGUUCGUGUAGCAGAGGUAGCAGGAGGUGUGCUCGCUGGUUUAUUUGUGGCAGCAGAUGUCUUCUUCAUUGCCAUGGAUGCUAAGGAGAUCCACAGCAUCAGACAGGCAAAGGCAGCAGAGGCAGCAAUCGCAACAGACCGAGCCUGCUCUGAGACAGUGCCUGAGAAUUACACCACAGUAUCAGAGUCCAGGUCUGACAGAGCUGCACUGGUACCCAAUACUGAAAAAUCUACAACAGAGCAAAAGGCCCAGUCCACUGCAGAGGCUGAUACAAUCAAAUCUGAAAUCAUGAAAUUUGUCCAAUCAAUCAGGCAGACAGCAGAGAAAUUGCAGCAAGUCUUAAAAGACCUAGACUCCAUCAUCCCAGAUAUUCCAUCGUCACCAUCACCAGAAGGCUAGAGAGGCCUCCUUCACCUGGCAGAUGACAGGUUUCAUUUCAGCAAUAGUGUGUGUGUGUGCAGUCAAGUAGUCAAGUCAGUGUGCACCCUGUUCACACUGCCUUUCAAUGUGCAAUUCUAAGGCAAAAAAAAAACUCCUGUUAUUGGUUGUG